AAUGAGCGACGGGGGCGGGCGGCCCGGCCGGGGAGGCUGCAGCCCAGCCAUGCUGCUGUUCGCUGUGCUCUACCUCUGCGCCGCGCCGCUGGCGCACGGUGAGUGGGCCGCGGGUUCGAGACCCGCAACCGGCGGCACGGCGCAGUGCCCUGCCUUUUGCCAUCUGAAGCCCAAGCGCCUCCUGGCAUGAAGGGGGAGGUGCAAAAUACUCCCCUCCCUUCCCCAGGCAUCCCGGGCACCCCAGAUUUUAAUUGCCCCGGGGGUCCCCCUAGCCUGGGGUGGGGGGGAUGCAGCUGAUCUCCGUCCCGGGAGGUGCGGGGUGCUGGCAGCUAUGAAGCCACGCGCUGGGAUGUCCCGGGAGAGGCGGGGGAGGCGCCCCCUUGACCCAUUUUAGAGUUGGGGAAACUGAGGCACGGUGCUAGGACAGCUCCUGGGCGGGGAGGGAUGCAGGCCUGGGGGUUUCUGCUUUGUGCUGCAGGUGGCAGGGGGUAUUGAAGCCCUCCUUGGGGGCAUUGGGUGCCGGCUGGGGGUGGGGAUUGAGCUGUGCCAAGUCCGCUUGGGGUCAGGAAGGGAUUUCACCCCAUGAGCAGACAUGUGCAUUGCAAAGGGGGGUGGGGGGGGGUUGCUUUUCUCUCUACCAGGGUCGUGGACCUCUUGAGCAUCCAUUGACCGUGUCCGAAAAGCAGGACGCUGGCUGCUGUGCCCCCCCACCGCUUUCCCUGUGCCAGGUCUUCCCAUAUUGCAGAAGGGAAGACUGAGGCUAGCACAGUGAAUGGGUGCCCCACAUCCCCCUGGGGCAUGGGAGAGCUGGGCUGACCCCCUAUGGGCGGCCCUGUGCGACACGGCUGGAGUGUGCGACACACUCAGGGUUGGACGGCGCGGGUGCAACAGACCCCUGCUGCUGCUCUCAGGGGGCCUCUGGGCUUUCUUAGGGCUUCAGAGCCACUCACGUGAAACCUCCUUUCCGCCCGGAGGUAGAGGCCGCAUCCUGAUGUCUGAAAGACCCCUGCCCGGGCCGGGGCGGUGGGAGAUUCCCACGAGCGGUGGGAUCUCUCUGCCAGGCUCUGCACGGCUGCCAGCGCAGCCUGGAGCUUUCCACCCACCUCUCAUCAACAGACCCCUCGCUGCCAGCGCGCCUGGCUCCCAAAAUAGUCCUGGAGGCAGGGAACGUGCAGAUAUUAAUUAGAGCACUUCAGUGGCGGCAUGUCAGGAGCCUCGUGCUUGCAACGCAGCUGGUGCAUUCAUGCCUGACCUGCUUCUUCCCGUGCAGGGCGCUGGGUUUCUUUGCAUGGCCAGACGCCUGCUAGCGGCCUCGUGCGGUGCCCACGCCUGGCUCUUCACCUGCCUCCUCGCAGGGGCUAUUUGUGACCGGGCUUGAUGGUUUGGAAGCAGCGUGACACCUCUUGGAUGUUUGCUUGCAUGGACUUGGCACCGUUCUGGACAGGGAACUCGAUGGGGCUUAUCAUACCCCCAUGGCUCAGCGUGGCACAGAGCUGGGCUUGCAUGAGAUCCUCAGAUAGCCUUGAAAAGGAGCCAGGGAUCGAGCUGUUUGCCCAGGUGUCCUGGUCAAAUUCCACCUAGCGUCGUUUCUGUUGUGUCCCCUGGUUGCUUCGGUUGCACGCCGUGCCCUUCUCUGCCUGCUGCGCGUUAAACCUCUACCACGUUCCACCCCAGACCUGGCUGCAUCUCAGCGGCAGGUGGACUUCACCCUGUAGAUAUACCAUGUAUGGCUCCUCCAGCAUGUCACCUUGUAGACAUAUACAUAUAUGUCAUGUAGAUCUCCGGCAUGUCACCCUGUAUAUAUACCAUGUACUUCUUCUCCAGCAUUUCACCCUGCAUAUGUAUAUCAUGUAUGUCUCCUCCGGCAUGUCACCCUGUAUAUGUAUGUCAUGUAUGUCUUCUCCGGCAUCCCACUGGGUGAAACGCGCUGUAGAAAUGGAGGAUUGUAUCUUCCCCACUGUCGCUUCCCCAGCUCUGCUGGGAAGAGUUAUUUUACAGACAGACAACAACAACAACGGGUUUGAAAUCUUCCUUCCCAAAGGUGCUUUUCCAUCCUCCUCCCUUUUUCUUUAUGACCCUGCAGGUUUACGCAUCCACGAAUACUUAUAUUUCCAAGUGCUGAGUCCUGGAGACAUCCGCUACAUUUUCACAGCCACUCCGGCCAAGGAUUUUGGAGGCGUUUUUAACACGAGGUACGAGCAGAUCCACCUGGUGCCGGCCGACCCCCCUGAAGCCUGCGGGGAGCUCAGCAAUGGCGUCUUCAUCCAGGACCAGAUCGCCCUGGUGGAACGGGGGGGCUGCUCAUUCCUGUCAAAGACACGGGUGGUCCAGGAGCACGGUGGGCGGGCGGUGAUCAUCGCCGACAACGCCUACGACAACGACAGCUUCUACGUCGAGAUGAUCCAGGAUAGCACCCGGCGCACCGCCGACAUCCCCGCUCUCUUCCUGCUCGGCAGGGACGGGUACAUGAUCCGGCGCUCCUUGGAGCAGCACGGCUUGCCCUGGGCCAUCAUCUCCAUCCCCGUUAAUGUCUCCAGCAUCCCCACGUAUGAAAUGAUGCAGCCGCCCUGGACCUUCUGGUAGCACGUUGUGAUGGAUCCUGAGGUCGUGGGUGCAGGGACCCCAUCCCACCGUGAGCUCCCUGCGCAUAGGGGGCUUCCUUGGGACUUAUCAGCCUGGUGCCUUCGGCUGCAGCUUGCAUCCAACUAAAUUCCAGCACUUUGGAGGUGCAGCGGGACCUGGAUCACUCACUGCCCCAAUGCCAGAUGCAUUUUGGGGGUGUUUUCUCAGUUAGGGGGCAACUGGCCCAGACUGCGGCAUCAGGGCUGCCAAAGCUCACAUCGCUGCUGCCAUGAACCAUAGCAUUGCAAACGGGUGCUGCAGACACCAAGCCCCGUGACUCACGUCAGCAUUGCCCCAUGCUGCCAGGAGGCACCAGAAGGGCUGUGGUUUAUCCUCCUCCUGGCCUGGAGGAUCCAGCCGGCGAGCUGAGUCGAUGUGGAGGGGCUGGGGCAGCGAGGACGCAGUCCUGCAUGGGGUUUGUCCCCCGAGGGGAGAGCUCUCGCUGCACCACGUCUUAGUGCAAAGUGCUCCCAGCAAGCUUAGGUGAGCGGCUUGCCCAGAACUGGAUUUGCAUCAAAGGACCAGAGCGCCUGCCGGUUGAGGUAAGACAGCACCAAGGGCCUGGGGAGGGUCACAGGGGCUAGGUUUACCCCCUUUGCAAGCCCACUGAUGCCAUGGAAAUGCCCCUGCUUACACCUAACCUCCAUGAAGCUGGAAGAGAUGGACACGGUGCGGUCCAGACCCCUCCAGGGUGCACAGAGGAGCAUCGGACCACCCUGCAAGCUGCUUUGCAUGCCCAGCCCUGCCCCCUGAUGCCCUGCACCCACUGCUUCUGUCCUCUGGAUCCUUUUCAGCCCAGGACUUGGCCUCCCCUCCGCAGCAGGCUGAGCUUUAGGCACGCUGCUCACUUCUGCACCAGUCCUGUCCCAGGGGCUCCCUGUAUCCUGCAGGUCCAGGAGCUUCCAGCCUCUGUGGCUGACGGCUCUAUCACUCAUUAAAGGAGCUCUGGCUUCAUCUCCUUGGCGGGACACACCAUCGCUUCUGUGCCCUUGUCACAGUCCCGCUCCUCUCCUGCACUGUGGACAUCCUCAGCUUGGUCUGUCCCCAUCCGUGAGCCUCUGAAUGGCUGUGACAUUAUCCGAAGCUGCACUGGAUAAGCCAAAGGGUCCCUUUCCCAGGACUGAGCAGGGUUUUCCAGACCAGAAGCAGCCAAGCCAGCUCGUCUCCAACAGGAGCCUUCACCCUCCACCCUGUUUCUUGCAUCCCACCUGGGUGAGAUUUGCUGCUCGGCCGUGGCUGGCGAGAGGGGUGGCACCUACACGGCACGCUCCCACCACCUCUGUUCAAACACGCGGCCUCUGAGCUCUGGUGAGACUGCACAGCCGACCCUGCAAUGGCCUCGCUGGACCCUGGCUCCUCAGUGUGGGCCGAGGUGAUGGAGGGCAGGGAGCCCUUGGCAUGUUUCAUUGAAGGGCCUGGUGCUCCCCGGUCCUUACGGCGGUUUGUGGGCUCCUGGCUCCCAACGCCGGUUUCCAUACCUGGGGCUAGAGCCACUGUCCCGGGGAAGCAUCUCUGGCAGUGGCUUGACUGGACAGUGAAUUUUGGAGCUGGGAUGGGGGGGAUUUUGAUGCCCUUUGCUGCUGCCUCCUUGCUCCCAUGUUGAGGUUGUUCUGAUCCAGGGUCCUGGUUUGGGCCCAGCAAUAAUUUGAACCCCCAAGGAAGCCUCCAAGGCUGGAGGUUGCAUGGAAAGGACUUUGCAGAGCACUGUGCCAGGCUGGGAGGGUGGAUGCGGGAAAAGACGGGAAGACCUGAGCCUAUUCCCUGCCUAUGGCCCCUUUUCCCUUCGGCUCCCAGACCCCAGUCUGGGGUGAGAUACAAGGGGGAUGAUGCACCCCCUAGCAUGGGGAGGCUGGAAGCAAGCAUGGGGGAGAAAGGGGUCCUUGGUGCCCACCCCUCCUCUGCUGGGACCUGACCCAGGUAUUGCACAGCUCUGGGGACCAGAGGCCCGUCUGUCUCCUGAAUGCUGCUGCAAGGUCGUGCUGCCUGGACUUUGCACGCAGCAUCCUGUCACCAGGCAGUGCGGGGUGGGGAAGGGGCCGAGAGCCUGACCUGCGCUCUGCAACUCCCAGAGCAGCAGCAGGGCCAAGGGACUGGGAUCUGGGGGAGCAGGAAUUCCCCUCCACAAGGACCAAGAGCCAUCCCCAGGACGCCCCCCUGCUCAGAGGCAUCAGCGACCAACUAGCGUCUGCCUCUCGUGCCAAGCCGAGGUUGCCGGGGCAUUUGUUCUGCAUCGUUUGUACCAGAAACCUCUUUUCUAAUGAACGUAUUAAAGGUUCUAGCUGUGCAGUCUCACCUGC